AUGAUUCAAAAUGUUUUAAAGAAGGCCGUCAUUCCCAGUGCUAACUCGAACGCAUUUCUAUCUUUUCUUGGAAACAUUCAAACCAUAAAAACACUUGUACUCUUCUUGGAUUAUGACGGCACUUUGACUCCAAUUGUUGUAUUCGCAACAGAAAGGCCUGAUCAAGCAAUUCUCUCAAAUGAUGCCAGACAGGCAAUUAAAUGUUUAUCAGAAGAUUUAAAAAUUGCUAUUGUCUCAGGUAGAACUAAAAAGGAUGUUAAAUCACGAGUUGACAUUCCAGAUUUAUUCUAUGCUGGUUCUCAUGGUUUUGAUAUUUCAGGUCCAAUUAAAAGUGACGAACCUCUCACAAUAACAAGUGGAGGAACCGAACAAAAGGUAUCUAAAGCAGUUAAGGAAAAUAUUGAAUGGACGUUGGAAACUGACACUUCAUUAGGAGGUAAACAAUAUAUUACCUUUCAAGUUGCUAAUAAUUUUGUACCAAUUCUCAAUCAAAUGUUUGAAAAACUCAGUCAAGAAUUAGGAAAAAUCAAAGGUUGCAUAUUGGAAAAUAACAUAUUUUCCCUUUCUGUUCAUUACAGACUAAUCGAAUCAGAAUUAAUGGUUUCAAAGAUUGAAGAAAUUAUUCAGAGUAUUGCGAACGAGCAAAAAGGAAUGGUAAAAGUCACUCACGGAAAGAAGGUUUUUGAGAUAAGAAUCAAUCUUGAUUGGCACAAAGGAAAGGCAAUUAUGAAACUAUUGGAAUAUUGGAAUUUAACAUCUCCAGAUAAAGUGUUUGCCAUCUUUGUUGGAGAUGACAAGACUGAUGAGGAUGGUUUCAAGUACUUGUUGGAUAAUUCUCUUGGUGUUGGCAUCCUUGUCUCCCCUCAAAGUGAAGAAAGGCCACAAAUAGGUACAACUGAAAAUACCAACAUGCAAGAUGUUCAAAUCAUCUCACAACCAAAUUCCACAGAAAUACUUUCCACAACAUUCGCCAAAUAUUCACUCAAAGAUCCCUCUGAUGUUCUUUCCUUCCUCAAAAACCUCUCUAAAAUUCAACCCACACGCAACGACUCUUCCCAAAAUACAGUCAACCAUUAA